AUGACAGCAACCUCUGCCGUCAGCGGCGCCCUCCUGCUCUCCCUUCUCUGUGAGGCCGGCGCUGUUGUCUUACUCAAUUCCACUGACUCAUCCUCGCCAACCAAUAAUUUCACUGAUAUUGAAGCCGCUCUGAAGGCUCAGCUCGGCGCUGCGGACAUCCCCAAAGCCAGGCGGAAGCGCUACAUUUCGCAAAAUGACAUGAUCGCCAUCCUCGACUACCACAACCAAGUCCGGGGCAAGGUGUUCCCGCCGGCCGCCAACAUGGAGUAUAUGGUUUGGGAUGAAAAUCUUGCCAAAUCUGCUGAGGCUUGGGCUGCCACCUGCAUUUGGGAACAUGGACCUUCUUACUUACUGAGAUUUUUGGGCCAAAACCUCUCUGUGCGAACUGGAAGAUAUCGCUCCAUUCUCCAGUUGGUCAAGCCUUGGUACGAUGAAGUGAAAGACUAUGCCUUUCCGUAUCCCCAGGACUGCAACCCCAGAUGUCCUAUGAGAUGUUUUGGCCCCAUGUGUACACAUUAUACACAGAUGGUUUGGGCCACCUCCAAUCGGAUCGGAUGUGCAAUUCAUACUUGCCAAAACAUGAACGUGUGGGGGACUGUGUGGCGCCGUGCAGUGUACCUGGUGUGCAACUACGCCCCAAAGGGCAACUGGAUUGGAGAAGCACCAUAUAAAGUAGGAGUACCAUGUUCAGCUUGUCCUCCGAGUUAUGGGGGAUCCUGUACUGACAACCUUUGCUUUCCGGGAGUAACGUCAAACUACCUAUAUUGGUUCAAAUAA